AAGAAGAGCUCGCGGUAGGUAGGGAUAAAGACCGCGGCAGUGAUGUAGUUACGCGCCGACUAGUUCGCCCGGCGACUCAAAACGGCCGGCACGCUUUUCGCGGCCCUCGCUAAACUGUCAAACUCGCGAACGAUAGCAAGCAUCCGUGACUGGUCCGGCGGUUCAUUAGCGACACUCGUCAUCUCGUCGCUUCGAUGCCUCAAGGGUGAUAUCUCGAAGUCAUUCUCAGCGUGACGACGACGACGGAGACGCGCAUCUGGCUGAGACGCGCGUCACGUGGUUACGUAACGAAAAAGAGAAAGACGCGGGGAAAGACGGAGGGAAGUUGAACAGUGACGGGAAAUUCGCGAGGCUCGGGCGUGCGAAGUGCGCGGCGGAUUCGCGCGGGGUAGAGGAGCGGGAAAAUCUAACGAGCCGUGCGAGUUGUUGGUGUGCUAAUAAAACGUAUGACCGAUUUAUCCCCGUGAAGAGCUUUUCACAGUGGUUACUCGUCCACGGUAUCCCGUACUGUGUGUUACCGACGCUCGUGGGUAUCUCUGUCAAAAAUCCUAAAUCAGUCUCUCUGUAUGAACCCUUUCGCUGCGUACGACGUGUACGCAAAAUAUCACCGAAAAGUAGCUUCUCAAUUGCAUACGUCCUGCAUAUGCGUCGUGGAAAAUCGUUCGUUAUUUACGGAUACCGUACAGCAUUUCGUUCGAAACUUUGUUGAAAUUUUCUUUAUUAUAUUACCCCGCCUCAGUGUCACGCAAUCGAAUAUCGUGCCGCGCGUAGUAAGCACUUUCGUUUGGAGUGCGCCGCAGCGAAAAGCUUAAAUCAAUACCUAGAUUCAAGUCGACAUUUUCACUAUAAUUAAUGUUUUAUGAUUAAAAUUAUUAUUAUUAUUACACGUCAGUACUUAUAUAUUAAUGUAUUUUGCAACUCUUUUUUCCUCUGUCUGUUCAUCUAUAUUUUCAUUUAAUUAUGGCCGCAUCCCAAAAAUGUGCUGAAAGUACUGACAGCAUUGAAAAUCCAUAGUAUAUGUAACAUGAACUAUAAGUUUUCAAUUCAGCACAUUUCGGAAUACAGUCUAUGCGUAUUAAAGAACGCUCCCCGUUAAUAAAGAUUAUUAUUAUAUUAUUAUUAUCAUUAUUAUUAAAAUCAAAAAGGGAAGUCUCCGAUCGUUCGAAAUGUAAUAAUAUCGAUUCGACAUUCCGAAUUGCGCGAGGCGCGCUCAGAGGUACCGAUGAACGUCAUUCGUCGUACAGCACGGAAUAUCGCAGCUUUUCAUGGGAAACAUUCGGUCAUACGGAGGAGGAAGCAACGAGUGUGGCACGAUGUCGAUGCAACCGACUGACAGGGUAGUCGCAAAAAUACGGCUACUCCGAGAAACGACUGUUUCCGUUCGCGGCGGCACUCUCCCGGAAUAAAUUCGCGUCGAAAGAUGAAGCUCAGACUCCACGCCGUUAGCCAGCCAACGGUGAUUUGUCGAUGGCACGCUAAUAGGGUAUUUAAUGACUCGAUUGGCGAAAUGACCGCCGUCCGAGCGCAUGACUUCAUUAAAGAGGCGAUGCGCGCGUAACGCGAGAACUCGCUGCCGCUGCCGAUCCGUCGUGGCGAGUCACGAACCGAUUCCUCAACGAGAAGCCAUCGCAUGUACGGUGCUUUCUGAGGCGCGAAGAAAUGGAAAGAACGGGACACGGACACGAUGCAGAGAAGAGACACAAGCAGACCGACCAGGCGGGAAGAGAAGGAAAGUUCGUUUCUCUCGUCGCGGAAUUCCGGUCAGAACGACAUCAAGAAAUUGCGCAGGGAGAACGAGCAACUGCGUAGGGAGAUAUGGAGUCUCAGAGACGAGUACGACAAGCUCGAGGAGAUCCUGAAGAGGCAGAAAAUCCGCGGCGAAAGCGAAGAGUACGAGGAUCGCUCCGAGGAGGAUGACGGCCUGCAGUCGGACUUCUCCUGCGAGGAGGACGAGGGCGGCGAGCACGAGGAAUACGAGGGGAGUAACGAGAAGACGAGCAAGGGCUUUAACGAGGAGGAGCAGCUAGAUAACGCGGAGAACCAGAAGAUCUCCUUCGAGAAGAUGAGCAGCAGUCUGCACCGGCUGCACGUGGAGUUCGACGAUCUGUCGGUCGUCGAGGAGGAGGAGGAGCUGCGGAAGGAUAAGGAGAGGAAGGAGGCGACCCCGUCGUUGGAGGAGCCGAGGAGCGAUGACGGCCGGCACCUACCGCCGCCGUUUCUCGGCCCCCGGCAGCUCCACGAUAACAUCCCGUUUUAUCCGGCGACGUACGAGCCGACGGGCGCUUUCAGCGGAACCAGUUAUUACACCGAGUGUCCGUUCGAGUUCCCGAAUACGGUUGAUUUAAUGCUACCUACGGACGCGUUAUUGGCUUCGCCUUGCCCGGGAUUACAGUCCGACCCGUUGAUCCCGUUAGUCGGCAUGGACUCUAGAUCGCUAGAUCAAGCGAUCGAGCCGAUGUUACCUCGAAUCCACGUCCCGCCCGUCGGUUGGCAGAACGACGUGGUUCCCCUGAAACAUCCGUCGGCCUACUCUGGCACGAACGUCACACCCGGCGCGUCGGAGAUGCAAGCGACGGGAACGCCGGACUCGAAGAUGACUUCUUCGUUGGCGAGCGCCACGUCGUCCGAUAUUCAGAGCUUCCUGAGGCGUAAAAACGCGAAGCAAUCGAUGAGGACCCAAGACGCGUCGACGUUGUCGAGUCCCGAGGAGACGGUCGGUAGAAACGCUUGGAACGUCGGCGUGGACUCCGUCGACGGGCAAGACGAGAGGAAAGACGGGAGUCGAAAAGCCGGGGAGACCAUCGUGCCGGAGAGGCCGAGGCACUUCUUCGCGCCGUUGCCCAGCAAGCUGAAGAAACAGGAGGAGGAGUCGCCGACCGCCAGCACGAGUCACUUCGGCACCGGGACUAGCUCGAGCAGCGGUAAGACCGCCUCCACAGUGAUCUCCCGCACGAAUCCUUUCGCCGGGCAGAAAGGCUCGGCGGACAUCUACGUGAACGGCGCGGUGGCUUGCGACGGAGAGGACGUCUCGAGGGAGCGUGACGAGUCGAGGACAUUCCUGAGCACGGACAACCUGCUGCUCGCGGAGUACAGCAGAGUUGCUGGAAGCGGCGGUCAGCUGAUGAAGUCGGUAUCCUGCCAAGACCUCUCGAGCGAGUGUCAAAGCGCGGCGCAGCACUGCAAACUAAGUCACAUCGACGGCAAGUCCCAGAUGCUCGCGAAGAGCGACAACACGUUGGAUAACAUAACGAGCGGGCCGUACAAGAGUCACCUGAACGUGACACUGAAGAUACCUCGAGCCGAGCAAGCGCCGAGCCCCGAGACGCCGGAGAUCCCCAACUUGCCGUCGAUAGACUACCGUCUCUUCAAGAACCCCUUCCUGAGGAACUUCGACAAGCUCUGCCCGAACUAUCGAACGGAGCCGAGUUCGUCCGCCACCAAGCCGCUCUCCGUUCAAGUGAACGACGACGGUGCCGCUUAUCAGUACGGUAUGUCGGCUUUCGGACGCGUGCAUUUGGACGAGAGGUUUCACGUCGCUCACUUGUCCGAUAAGAAUCGUCUGCUGAUCCCCAGCGACCAACUGAUGGGCGGCAAGCAGGAUAUUCAAGUGACCUCCUUCGAGAGACCGAGCCCUUGCACCCUGAUACCUUCCGCCACGUCGUACGAUCUGUCGACGUUGCGGAGGCUGAACGCGAAUCGAUACCUGCAGAAUCAGAAUCCGUAUCAGAGCGUGCCGUUCGUGGCGUCGCGCGGUCAGUUUUAUCCGCAGAGAGCGGGUGGAAUGGUGUACUAUGACAAUGUAGCGGCGAAGGUACCGGCGCAGACACAGACGUCGAUCGACGGCGACUCGCACCAUGAGGACGAGCACCCGGACGAGGAGACGACGAGCGCGCCGAAUUCGCCGAGUGGACAGAGACGGAAGAGGAUCGUGAAGAGGGACAAGGCUACGGUCAAGGAGCAACGACCGCUAUCGCCGGCAGCGCAACGAAGACUGAGGAAACAGAGCAGCGUCACGUCGACGGACACCCCCGAUUCACCGGGGAAAAUGGCGCGGAAGAGACUGAGGAAGCUCAGCACGACGACCACGUCGGACGUGCAGGAAGACAAGAAUGAGAGCCGGUCGUCGUCCUCGGGUCAGGACUCGCCGCGCAAGGACCAGAACAGGCGCGUGUCUGUCUACAUCAAUUCCAAGAGACGAUCGUCCCAGACAUCCCUAAAGACCUCGCGCAGCGGCAGUGUGGACGCGUCCAAGGACAAAUAUGCGGACGGCGGCGCGUUGAGUUCGGAACGCGAGAGGACGAACUCGGUCAGCAGUCGGGAAACCGCCAGCGUGAAAGCUCGCAAGACGAGUACCAGUAGCGGUAAUGUGCCGUGGUGCGCGUGUUGGGGAAAUGGUUGCAUUUAAUCACAGUUGUGUAUUCAGUGUCCCGUUCAGGGACGUGACUAGGGAGGCAGGACGAGGCGCCAAGUGAUUUUCACCCUCAAAAUCGAGAAGCGAAUGGUAAUCCGAGGAUAUCGCUCGUGUAUUAUAUAACACAUCACUCGCUAUUUAGAUGGUAUCUGAUAUUUUUUUUAUGUGAUCAAUCCGUGAAACUGAUCUAUUUCCGUAAGAACGAGAAGACAGAUUACAAGGUUACAUAAUAAUGUCCGGGGACAGGUAUCGCUUGAAAUUACCACGAGUGUUAAUAGCAACGCGUAUUACUGCUUCUUAUCGUGCAUCAGUUUUGAGGACUGACAUCCACCACAGCACACAUAUCAUAUCGCCGAUCCCGGCGAUUCGCUCCCACAAGAGGCGAUCAUACCGAGAUGUCCUUUACAUUACGUCACUGAUCGCACCUGGAUGCGAUUCGACGUGUAUAUAUUACCGUAUGCAUCUCACGACACACAUUAAAACGGGGGAGCUAUUGGCCAAAGCGACACUGUCGGCCUUAUUUAUUUAAGACAGCUACGAUUUGUGUCAACAGCGAAAGAUUCUUGCUUUCUGAUUCUCUCGGCCGUGAGAGGGGCCAGACCGACUGAAUAAUUCGAAGGGCAAAUACCAAAGGGAAAUGCUGAUGGGCCCCGGAGUGAAUUCAAGAAGGAAGAACCCUUAACCCCUCCGUGACCGUCGAUGCAAGAGAACCACCACUGUAGCCGGUAGUGCAGCUCGUAAAAUAAGCACAGACAGCGGUACUACUGCGGUGUCCUAACGCGAGCCCGGCUGUCGGCCGGGGUGACAGUUGUAUCUAAACUGGUUCUACCAAGAGACCACGAAGGCGAGCCUGCGUCCGCUCUUAAGGCAAAUUUGCCGAAGUCCGCGUGAGCGUGUCCUAAACCGCGCACGUCGCGCGGACAAUGGUACGCGGCUCCGCUCGAAUUAUGUGGCUUCCCUCUGGUGGCGUGCAACGAUCCACGGUUAAGAGUUUCUCGAGAGUUUCUCGGUUCCCCGAGAGAUAGUUUCAACCCGUCAAAUAGCUAAUUAUAUUACGCAUCUUCAUGUACACAAGACAUCGUUCAAACGUAGGUUAUUUAUUAUUUAUUGGUGUAUGUAUUUUGUACAGGAUGUUAGGUUCGCCGCGAGCACCAUGAAAAAGGAAGAUACUAACUAGAAAUUAGUCGGUUUUAGAAAAUUGCUGUUACAAAUGUAUCGGUCCUUGAUUAUCACGCGUUUUAUUACUUCGUAAUUAUGACGUAGGAUGUAUUGUUUUAUAGUUAUGCUAUGUGCAUACAACACAUACACACACACACACACACACACACACGCAGGAUUCAACGAAACGUCGUAUACGAAGUGAAAAGUAUUAUUAUUAGUCGUUCAUUAACUGUCAUAUAAUUGUUCGCACUUUCGAUAUUUUAAUUUGUACACGGAAAUGAUGAAUUACAACAAAUGGUGAUUGGCAAUGAGUAUUCCACGCAUUUACGUAGUCGGGUUAAUGUUUAAAAUAAUGACGACGAGAAAACAGAUGUAUAUAAAGUAACCGCGUGCCGUAUACUAGUAUAUUCUUGUAUAUUUUGAUAACUAAUUUAUACGUGUUAAUACAAUUAGCCGAGCCGUUUGAUAAAAGGGUUUAUAUUAUUUAAAAUUAUCUACCAAUGGUUAUCGGAUGAUGAUGUGAACAAACAAUAUCGCCAUCUCCAUAACUCUGCGGAACAUCGAUUAUUCGCUUGCGCGAAAUUUAUUAAUGAGCCAAGGGAUACAAGUGAAACUCAGCAGCAAAGUUCGCGAUUAUCUCUCCUCGAAACUUCCACGCUUUUCUAUUCGUCGUUGAGUUACGUAAAAGUGAGAAGAGGGGGAGUACGAGUGGAGAAAUGGGAAACAUAAUAGAAAAAAAUAUGUAAUUAAAAUGAGAUAUUAUACAUAUUACCAGGGGGAAAAAGUGGAGUCUUAAUUGCAACACGUCACAGUUGUUAGGAAUUAUCUCGCGACCUUAAUUGUUACUUUAGGAUAUAACCGAAAAUUAGACGGUCGUUUUUCCACUACAUUUAAAGUAAUAACCGCGCGGAAUGUGAAUUUUGCACGAUUCUCGCAAUCGUUUUAAUUUUAUUCCCGUGUCCGACAAGGCGACGCGCGACGGACACGUUCGUCACAAAUGAAUCUUUAAUAACGUACGUAACUAGAAUCUUUUGAGGCCGCGCGUUAUUGAAUCACACGGCCAUUUAUCUCGCGGAACGGGCCGACCCAAAUAUUAAUUAAUCUCGGAUAUAAAAAGCGAGCUACGCUAUGUACAAUUUCGAGGCGCGCAAUUCUGGGAAAAGCCAGUCGGAUCGUAAGCGCGGUACGGACGUGUCAGCGACGAGGACGGCAAAGAAGAUUGUCGGUGCAAUUAAAAUGCAAAUCAUCCCUUUUCCCGUGGCUCGUCCGCUAGACCAUCUUUCCAGGAGGUCCCUGGUCCUCUUGCGUCCUCGCAAUCCUACACCAUAAUGGUAACGCCGUCACCGAUUAACUUAGAACUAGUUUAGGAGCGACUCUCUACUCCACUCGACACGACUCGACUCCGCUUGGCUGCGCGAAGCACACAAGGAGCAGGAACAGGACUCGAUAUUUCUCUCUCUCUCUCUCUCUCUCUCUUUCCCUCCCUCCUCUCUUUCUUCCACACACCGUCUGUCUCUCUCGCAAAGUGGCACGUAAAUGGAAGAUGGCACGCUAAUACGAUCUAACAUCAUUUGCAAAUGUCACAGCGAGACGUGCUCUCGGCACAACCAGCGCGCGAGGUACGUGAAAGAGAGAGGAAAAGAGAGAGAGAGAGAGAGAGAGAGAGAGAGAGAGAGAGGGGAGGAUAGAGAGAGAAAUGCCUUUCGUCUUAUCGUAGGAGGAACAGACCUCGCGCUGCGACGAAUAUGGAAAUUAUAACUCCAGACCUCUAAGAUCAUCUCGACACAUUAUGCGCCAAGGAAUUCGAUAAUCCGUGUUGAUUAUCGCUAGCGUGUGCAAGUUGGCGCAGCCGCGGAGUAUAAUUAAAAGCAAGACUGAAUGUUUAGGAAGGACACGCAGACUUUGUCAGAUUAAAAAUCCGUGCGGAGGAUGGAGACACCGAGAAUUCCAAUUUUGUCAAUCGUGUUCCGAAUAUGUUACUGAAAAUUUCGAUUCUUAUAUUCGUAUAUAUCCGGAAUAAAAGUAUUCAAUUGUGCUUCGAUGUCUCGAA